AUUACGACUUCACAAUUACACAGUCAAAUCUUUCUCUUCCAAGAUCAUACAGGUGGAAAGCUGUGGAAUAUACUCUCACUAACUGUUGGUGGAAUUGUUGCCAUCUUUCUUGGACUUCUUACUUCUGUUUAUGUUGCUACACUGCAUGAAAAUGACCUGUGGUUUUCCAAUAUUAAGGAAGUUGAAAGAGAAAUUUCAUUCCGAACAGAAUGUGGACUUUAUUAUUCCUACUACAAACAGAUGAUUCAGGCUGCUUCCAUCCAGCAAGGUUUACAUGGUUUAGUAUAUGACAAUAAAACUGAAUCUGUGAGGACAAUUAACAUACUUGAAAGAAUGAAUGUUUACCAGGAGGUGUUUCUCAGCAUUCUGUAUAGGAUUCUUCCAAUUCAGCAAUACCUAGAGCCUGUUUAUUUUUAUAUCUACACUUUGUUUGGACUUCAGGCAGUCUAUGUCAUUGCUCUGUAUGUAACAAGCUGGCUUCUUAGUGGAACAUGGCUUUCAGGGUUGUUGGCAGCUUGCUGGUAUAUUACCAACAGAAUAGAUACUACAAGAGUAGAAUUCACCAUUCCCUUGAGAGAAAAUUGGGCCCUGCCAUUCUUUGCAGUUCAGAUAGCAGCCAUCACAUACCUAUUCAGAAGUCAUUUGCAGCCGGCUCAAGAAAGAUUGACGCUUCUGGCUGUAUUUGUAGCAACCUUCCUCUUUAGCUUGACUUGGCAAUUUAAUCAGUUUAUGAUGCUGAUACAAGCAUUGGCAUUAUUCAUACUGGACUGCUUUGACAUACUUCCCACAGCAAAGGUUACGUGGCUCUAUAUCAUCCAAAUUUCUGGAUUACUGCUAGUCUGUGCCCUACAGUUCUUUAACUCAAUGAUUCUUGGAUCAUUACUUAUAAGCUUUAAUGCUUCUAUCUUGAUAGCAAGAACAAUCCAGAAAAACCUAAAAAAGGGCAGCUUGCUUAAUAGGCUUGGGAAACUCAUCCUCCAUGCACUAUUAGUGUCAAGCUUGACUCUUCUAGUAAAUAAAUUUAUCAAGAAAAUUCUUAAUCUUGAGUCAGAUGAACAUAUAUUCAAAUUCCUCAAAGCAAAAUUUGGAUUUGGAGCAACAAGAGAUUUUGAUGCUAGCCUCUAUCUUUGUGAAGAAGCUUUUGGUUUACUGCCCUUAAAUACUUUUUCAAGACUCUCUGAUACCUUACUUUUUUAUGUCUACAUAUUCGUUCUCUUCCCUAUGACAGUAACAGCUGUCAUUGUUGCUCUCCGGAACCUCAGCUGUUCAAAUCAAGCCCUCGAAAAAAUGGAAGAAUGCACUAUAUCACUGAAGCCUGAUGCUGCUUACAACUUAAUUCACACCGUUCUUUUUGGAUGUCUGGCAUUAAGCACAAUGAGAAUGAAGUACCUCUGGACAUCCCACAUGUGUGUAUUUGCAUCUUUUGGCCUGUGUAGUACCGAAGUAUGGCGACUUGUCUUGAAAUGUGCUCAUCUCUACACAUCACAGCGGGUUAGCACUAUGCUUACUGCAUUCCAUAAAGCUUUUUUU